AAAUGAAGAGGGAAAUGUUGCUCCGCUCAUUUUAUUAAUCAGACUGUCAAUUUCACCCAAGAGGCCAAACCCAAGAGCAAUCUAAAACAGACUCAGAGAUCAACCCAGGGACAAGCACCUCGCUCCUCACUCCUCUCUUCCUCUCCACUUGGAUAUUAUUCGUCUGACCGAAGGCCGCCUCCAUCAUCAAGUGACAGCCCUCUCCUAUUUAUUUGCUUAUAAACCUGUUACAAUAAAUGAUCAUUGGAGCAACGUCAGCCGAGCAUUUUAACAACGAACAGCGACCACUUUUUGAUGAAUGACAUUUCUGCUGCUGCCGGGGAGGAUGCAGGGCUCAUUUUGAGCAGUCGCUCGUCGAUUGCAUUCAGAUUCUUUUCAUUUUUUGCGUCUUGCUUAUAAAAAGCUUUACGGACAGUUAUUUAGACACACUCGCUGAGUUGCAUGCGGAUUUAGCUCCGACACAACUCAUUGGUGCUCCAGCCCUCUGGACAAGCGUGCUGCUGCUGCUGGUGGAGGUGGUGGUGGUGCUGCUGGUGUGUUUUUGUUUUUUUCACCCCCUUUUUUGUGCGCGGCUUAAUGAUGGAGAGGAUAAGAAAAGAGAUGAUAUUGAUGGAGAGAGGUCUGCACAGUCCUGUCGCCGGGAAGAGGCUCUCAGACACGCCUGGAAAUUCAGUGCUGGAGGCCCUGGAAAACUCUCAGCACGGCGGACGGCUAAGCCCGAGAAUAACUUCGGCUUCUCUCCAUGGAAACCUUGGGGACAUCCCGACCAAAAGCAAAUUUGAAAUUGACAGUCUUUUCGGUACGCACCACAACAGCGAGAACACUUCGUCGGCGGAGAUUUCCUCGUCGGAAAGCAGGAAGAAAAUGAGCAUUUACUCCGAAGUUUCGCAAGAAUCAGAUAUUAACAGUGAUGUGGAGGUGGGAUGCCCCUCGCAUCGCUCCCCGAGUCAGCACAAGGAAAACAACAAAGGUUUUUCAGACAGUAAUUCUGGAUCUUCCAACUCCAGCUCCAACUCCCUCCAGAACAUGAACGGUAAUUCAUCGGGAGGAUCAAACAAUUCAAACAGCGACCAGGUCAGAAGGUAUCGGACUGCUUUCACCAGAGAACAAAUCGGAAGACUGGAAAAGGAGUUUUACAGGGAAAAUUACGUUUCGAGACCGAGACGGUGCGAGCUGGCCGCUGCGCUAAAUCUGCCCGAAACUACAAUUAAGGUGUGGUUCCAGAACAGGCGGAUGAAGGAUAAAAGGCAGCGUUUGGCGAUGUCCUGGCCCCAUCCGGCAGACCCCAGCUUCUACACUUACAUGAUGACGCAUGCGGCAGCUACAGGGAGCCUACCUUACCCUUUCCACUCGCACAUGCCUCUACAUUACUACCCGCACGUCGGUGUCACCGCAGCAGCAGCAGCCGCCGCCGCCACCGGUGCCGCCUCGUCACCUUUCGCCACCUCCAUCCGGCCCCUCGAUACCUUCCGGGCGCUCUCCCACCCCUACUCGCGGCCAGAGCUCCUGUGCAGCUUCAGGCACCCGGGACUCUACCAGUCGCCCGCAGGCCUCAACAGCUCGGCGGCGGCGUCAGCGGCAGCGGCGGCUGCAGCCGCGGCGGCGGCGGUGAGCGCUCCGUCCGCCACCGGGCCUUGUUCGUGUCUGAGCUGCCACAGCAGCCAGGCGGCCAGCGCGCUGGGCUCCAGGAGCGCCAGCGCUGACUUUACCUGCACAGCUUCCGGGCAAAGAUCCGAGAGUGGAUUUUUGCCGUAUUCUGCCGCUGUCCUCAGCAAAACCUCAGUCCCGUCACCAGACCAACGAGAAGAAAGUUCACUUAACAGAUAACUCAUCACACAGCCACCGUUUCCUAUUUUGCUCUAUAGUCCUACUUUAGGGGAUAGGCCUAUUUUAAAGAUCACACCUGAGGGAAGCAGUGAGGCAGCACUGGAAACACACACCAACACACACAUGGAGAUCCAUUCUGGUUCAAUUUCAAAAACACUCUGCGACAUCUAAAAUUUUUCAACUCACACACAACUUUUCUAAAGGCUUGUGUUGGACCCAGUUUAAUGUGUAAUUAACUCACAUAUUUGGGAGGAAAAAAAUAACAAACCAUUUAUUUAAUUCCGUCUGCUCUCAUGCCUCAAUCAGUGUGACAUUUUAAAUUAUUUUCUAUAAUUUCCACACAUAUUUCUGCGGCUCACAUGUCCAAACUCCAACGUGACCAACUCAGCUUUUGGUUCUAAAACCCAAACUAAUUAUGCCAUCUAAAUUUAGAUAGCAGAAGGUCUGCUUUUUCCCCCCUCCCUGCUUUCUUUUUGCCCAGCAGCAUAUCUUUCUUCACUAGGCCUAAUAAACUGAGAUUUUUUGGCAGCAAUAGCUUCUCCAACACCCAGCCUGUGCUCUGUGGGGACACCCCUAAUCAGCUUAGAAGGUGCAUCUAAUUCUGCAGCGCGUCUUUGGUGUCAAUUUUUAUGUUAAUAAUGAGAGGAUCAUGACAAAAAUUGCCAAUCAUGUACCUAGAUGGAGCUCCUUUGAAUACGUGACUGUAAGAAAGUUCCUCGUUUUGAGACCCGCUGUCAAGUGCUAACAACCCGCGGAGGGAAGUCAUUAGACAUACAAAAGAGCUGGAACAAAGCGACAGUGCUGGUACACAGAAUGCACUGAGAGAGGAUACUAUCUGACACAUGGAGGCUGGGAAAUAUUACACACUAAAGCAGCUUUCCAAGAGCCACCCUGAUUUGAUUUUAGUUGUAUUUUUUUUGCUGUGUUGAUGAUGAAGGGAAAUACCUCGAUAUGUCCAGCAGCCUCUCUCUCUUUUUUAUUUACAUUGCUGAACCUCAUUCUAACAAGCCAGUAUUUUCAUAGGUAUGUAAAUCCCUAUAGGAGCUCUUCACUCACAGUGACGGGACUGAGCAAAAGUUCAGGGCAAAAAUAGUCCGGCUUUUACAAUCUGUCUGCGCCUGUAAAAAUGGCUUCUUUUUUUAAAAAUAACUCGUUCCUGUUGGGACAUCACCGAUAUGUUAAUUAUAAAACAUGUGAACUGUAAAUCGUUAAAUAUUUUGCAAAUAUCACAGAUAGUCCUACUGAUAUUAGCUGAAUUAUUGAUCUGGGGAAACGCACCAUGAAAAAUGUGGAUUGGUAGGCUAUUUUUUCACAUUUUUCCCCCCUCUCUCUUUUUAUUCUUAUUUAUUUUUUUGUGUGUGACUUGCUGAAUGUUUUUUCAUGUUAAAACACUGGAUGUACUUCUCUAAAACGACCAUCACGGUAGGCUACAAAAAAAUUGGCGUGUAAAUUCACCAACAGUCCAAAAAGAAAAAAAAUCACGAUCUGCUUUUUUUCCCGUGCAGAAUCGAAGAAUUAAUUAUGGAGAACAUUUUUCUUUACGGUCCACUCAAAAAAUAAUCCUAAUAAUGGAGGCUUUGAAAGGGCUGAUGAACAGGCACUGAAAUUAAAUGAAAAUGUAUCGGCCUUUUUGUCCCUAGGGUCUCUGUUAUAACUCUAUAUCUCUGUAUUUAAAAUAUCAAUGACUGUAUGAAUUUAAAUAUUUUAACUUGAAAAAAAAUGUGCAAUAUGAAAUGUAAAUCAUGUUAUUUAUUGAUCGUGUUUGUUCUUGGAAAAUAAAAUAAAAAAAAUCUUUACACA